AUGCAUCACAACAACAGCGCGGGCGUCGGAGCGCCCGCUCUCCUCCCAUUGCAGUCAAAGAUCUGCAAAAUGAAAAACGAACAAGACCGAUUCAGAUUCACACCUACCAAGGUUCUCCCGAAAGUCCCGCAUCUCUGGGAGCGCAAACCUUCGACCCCGUUCAUGGCGCGUCCCAAGUCGCGCAAGGUGUGGAAGCGCUUCCGCUCGUCGUUCGGCAGUACCAAGCAAUUAAAACAAUUGACGGCGUCCCAUGUUGACAGUGUCUAUCAUGACGCAUACGACUUCUAUGAAGGGUUACAAACCGAGAUCAAUGUGGCGAAAAGCUUUGGUUUCCUACGCGGUGUGAAGCGGUUGUGUCUCCAGCUUGGUAAUGAUGAUACUGUGGACGGUGAUUCCGAUCGGGGGCGGUCUUUUCUUGAGACGAAGUGGGAGGAGGAUGUUAUUCGGAGAAAGCGUAAACUUCCUACGGGGAGCGGAUGUAGCAACAGAGAUGGGAUUGAGCCUUCGAGUGCUCCUAGCUUGGAUGUGAUCGAACAGCAUCCCGAGGAUGCUGUCGAAGCUUUGGACACACCAACGAAAGAAGUCCAGCGAGUGAAUGUCUUUUCCAACAUUUUGCGCGACAAGACCAAUGAUACUCUGCACGACGACGUGGCCAAGGUGGCCAGUGCUUAUCCAUCGCUGCUGGAGGAGGUUACUAUAACCGAGACAACUCUGGAUGCGGCCAAAGAUGUGGCCAUGACGAGCGGACAGCAGCCUGAUUUGACAGAUCAGGCACAUUCUCCUGCCACGACUCCGAAUGCUGAAGCCGCACCGUCAGUGCCAGCGUCCAGUCUUGACGUAUUGACAUCGGCACAGUCAACUCUACAAGAUUCCUUCGACCGUGAGAAUACCGAACUACUCAACAGCUUCCUGUCCAAAGCAAUAGCGAAGCGUGCAGCGAAUGCAGUUACAGCAAUCCAGAGCAUCGAGGAACCCCCAAAGGGGGAAGGUCCAGUGAAAGAAGUCCCCACUCCCCCUCCUACCCGUCGAGCCCUAGAAGAGAUGGACGCGAACUCCCCAUCACCGCACCUGAAACAGCAGGCGUCGCCAUGUAAGGUCGACGACGGAGACAAACCUGCAGACAUCGAUGUCGCCGCAGAUCACAACGACGAAGAGCAAUCCGGCAGUCCUGUGGUCCGCCGGAGUACGCGGACACGUACGCCACGAGUCACACCACGGGUCACGCCUCCCAGCACUACUAUUGCUCUCCGACGGCCGAAGGGGACUGAAUUCAUCUUCCGGAAGAGGACCGAAUCUCAGGAGCUUUCGUUGACCACGCGUAAGAAUACCAGGUACAACAAGGGAGAUGCAGUGCUCCCGAAAUUCGUGCUUGAAGCCCUGGCUCAGCAGGAGGAGGACAAAACAUGCUGUUCUGAAAACGAGACGGACCAGAAACCCACCAGACGACGGAGUAGAGCCAAGCACGUAACGUGGAACGAGCAGCGGCUGGUCGAAUAUGAGGGUGAGGAGCAGCUUGAUGAUGGCUCGAGCAAGAAUGAGAAGAAUAAGGCUGUGGACAGCAAGGUUAGCGAGAAACCUGCAAAGUCUCCGGGAAAGGGGAAAGCAAAGGGCACUCGAAGUAAAGUCGAAGUGGAGGGUGGUACUGGCCUCCAUCCUGCAACAGCACCAAAAACACCCGCAACACCACCUCCGCCUGCUCGGCGGAUCCAACGACUGGGGAAGACGACGACAAGUUCAGUCCCACUGCCCCUGGGGACACUCGCGAAUACGGGUUCCCGGCGCAAGAUGCUCACGCCCAAAUCCCCGAGUAAGACGACGGCGGGGGCGGCAGUGUCCAGCACAGCGGUGGAGAUCAAGCAGAACCCGGGUAGUAGCAGUGGUGGAUCGCGGGUGAUGGCGAGAAGGAGCAAUAGCAAGAGCAUCCUCAACUCGAACGCCGGGUCGACGCCUAUGCCGAAACGAGUGCGGGCGAGAAGUUAA